AUGAAUCAAUUAAUCACUUUGAACCGAAUCAAAGCAGAAAUUUACAAUGCCACUAAACAUGGAAAUAUCACUACGUUAAAAGUUCUCUUAAACGAUACAUCAAUAAAAGAUAUAUCUGAUCAUUUGAAUGAAUUUUAUGAAGAUGUGCAUGCCAAAUGUACACCGUUAAUGGCUGCCUCACAUUAUGGACAUUAUGAGAUUAUCAAAUUUUUAGUUAGCAAUUAUAGUCCGAAUCUGGAAAUUGAGGGCACUAUACAACUAGAUAACCAAACUUUUGAAGGUGUAACAGCGUUGUGGUGUGCAACAUCUGCUGGUCACAUUGACAUUGUAAAAAUCUUAGUUGAACAUGGAGCUGAUGUUAAUCACAGAACAAAAAAUGGUUCUACUCCACUGAGAACAGCUUGCUAUGAUGGUCAUUUUGCCAUUGUUAAAUAUCUUGUCGAACAUGGAGCGGAUGUUCAUACUACGAAUGUACAUGGACAUACCUGUUUGAUGCUAACAGCUUAUAAGGGACAUUUAGACGUACUCAACUAUCUCUAUCUAAGUGGAUGUGAUAUUGAUGCAAAAUGGAACUGUGGCUCGACUGCUUUGCAUGACGCCGCGGAAGAAGGUCAUUUAGUAAUAGUCCAAACAUUAUUAAACUACGGUGCAAAAAUUGUCAAAAAUUCGGAUCAAAUGACACCAAUAAUGUUGGCGGCAAAACAUCAACAAACUUGUAUUAUUGAAUAUUUCACAAAUGAUACCAAAUGGUGUUCACAAUUAGAACGCAUUGAAUCUUUAGAACUGCUAGGAGCUUCUAUGACAGAUAUAAGCAAAGCUUAUCCUUAUAUUUAUCGUGGAAUGCAGUUAAGGUAUUUCGAUACAAUUAAUCCAAUGUUGAAACACGUAUUACCACCUCGACCAGUAUUUGAUAAUCGUACCGAGUGUCAAACGCUUGAAGAGUUGGAACAAAUCCGUUUUAAUCAAAAUGCAAUGCUAACUGAAUUACUUUUAAUUCUUGAAAGAAUACUCGGUGUUAGUAAUGCAUAUGUUCUAGAUGCUAUACGUUAUCGAGGAGCAGCUUAUGCUGAUAGUGGACAGUAUGAUCGUUGUUCAGCACUCUGGUUACAUGCAUUAGCACAUAGAGGUAUCAGUCGAAUAGAUGAAAGAAAACGCGAGCUAUUUAUUUUUACUCAAUUAUUUUGUGAAAUGAUUUAUUUGAAUGUUAACAUUCGAUUAGAAAUAAUUAAACAAGUAUUCAAAUAUACUAUCGAAGAAUUAGAGCGAAAUACAACGACAUUGAUCCAACAUAAUUGUCAAAGUAAUAUGGAUAAAAAUAUGUAUACAGCCUUGUAUUUGAUUGUGAUUUUAACAAAGAUAUUAAAAGAAAAUGAUAAACAAGUAUAUCACUUUAUAUCUCGUUUAAAUCGAUUGCGUCUUUCAACAACAAAUGGUUUGACUCUCUUACAUUUGUGCGUUAGUAAUGAUAUUACUGUCGACGAAUUUAUAAAAAAGAAAAUGGACAAAUUUAUUCCAUGUGCCUCUGCAACUCGACUUCUGAUCCAAUGUGGUGCCGAUGUCAACAUGUUUGAUCACGAACGUAAUACACCAUUACAUAUAAUUGCCGGUUAUAAAAAAGUGAACACUGAUGAAGAUUUACAAACGUUGCAAACUGUCAUGAACUUACUAAUCAACAAUGGUGCUCAUUCGGACACCGUUAAUAUAUAUGGUAAAACACCACUAAUGUGUGCAAUUACAACACAAGCAGAAAUCUUGUUAAAAACGCAUAGAAAAAUAAGUCUCAAAUGUAUAUGUUCAACAGCGGUUAAAGCACUCAAGAUAAACUAUUAUGAUAGUCUACCCAGAACAUUGUACGAGUUUAUUGAGAUACAUGGAACACCUAUACAAUAG